UCCCCCUCUCCCCCUCCCUCCCGCUAUCCCGCUCGGCUCAAGUCCCGCACCGUUCACUCAGUAAUUCAGACGCUGCAGUUUCGAAGUGUUUCUCUGUCUUCGCAGAUGACAUUAUUUAACAAUUCCGCGCAAUCUACCUUGUUGAAUUAACAAGCAGCCCCCUCAACAGCAAAAAUGGGUGACGGUCUAAUGGAUUUUAGAGAAAGAUGUCGCUUAUGCAUUGAGCCCAAACGGCUAAGCAUAGACAUUUUCAGUGAGGAGGGCAGAAGAAUAAAGCUGAAAUCGAAAAUCAACAAAAACUUGCCAUUAAAGGUGUCACAGUCUGAUGGGUUACCCAACCAAAUCUGUUACCAAUGUCUCUUUCGUCUGGAGACUUGGGUUAGCUUUAAACAGCUUUGUAUGGAAAGAGACCAAGUCAUGAAAACUUGGUCACAGCCUUAUUUGGAUGAAACUUGUGAAUCACAUGGUUCUUUUAAUGGAGUCAAAAGUACGAAGAGUGGAAAGUUGAAGGUGUCGAGUAGUCCUCAAAUUGCAAAUGUACAUCCUAUAGCAAGAGAUGAGGAGUCUAACAUUGAUGGCUUUGCCUCCAGUAACCAGAUGGAUGAUGCAAAAAGUGAUACAUCUGUAUGGGAAGUUGUGAAAAGGGAUGAUGCUGACAAUGUGGACUGUGAGAGCCUUGAAAAGAAUGCUGCUCAAAGCCCUCAAGAUAAUGUCAAUGCCUCUGAUUACUGCAUCUCACAAGAGAACAUGAAUGAUGAAAAGCAUGAUUGGAACAGACGCAAAGCCCGGAAGCCAAGCAAAGUUGCUAGUUCAGGUUCUGACAUGAGCUCCAGCAAUGAUUUAGAUGCUUCAUGCUCUGCUUUGUUGUCUCAGUCUUUAGAUUCUCCAUUGGUCUCUAAUUCAUCCUGUUCCAAGCAGUCUCCACGACAACUCGAGUUGCUGUCGUCAGAGAAGAGCCCUCCUCCACUCAAAAGAAAACGGGGACGUCCUUCUAAGGCGUUCCUACAAAGAGAAAGAGAGCUAAAGAAAAUAAAGGACCUAGAGAAACCCAAUUUAGAUGAAGUUGUCACUACUGUGAAGGACAGUAAAACAGAUCAAGGUAUCAAAGUCGAAAAGGAAAUAGAUGUGACGGAGAAUAAAGAAUUGGAAUCAGGCCAAGUACGCCUCCGUCCUAUGACCCCAGAAUUCACACCAAUCGAGAGGGAUGAUGGUUCUGGAAUUACAGAAGUUGUUUUAGAUGAUCCUGAUUUUGGUAGUAUGAAAUUCACUUUGAGUGUUGUUGAUAUUGAAAGCCCAACAUCAAGUCCUAUCCCAGCUGAUAUUUACAAGUACAAUUAUGCAUGUAGCAAUGUAACUCUCAGUUCAGAUUCUCUCCAUCGAGAAGACUUUGAAGGAUUUGAAAGUCCCUGUAGCUCAAGUUUUGUAAAGUCACCUAAAGAUGACUCUGUUUCACCGUAUAGUGAGAUAUCACGAUCUAGAAGUCAGGCUGACAUUAGAAAUGAUGACUCUGAAGACAAUCUCUCUCCCAGUGCCAAAAGAAAGCGUAGCUCUUCUGCAUCUGGGGAUUUCAGGGCCAAUUGCCCAGUCUCUGAAGAUUUGGCCAGUUCUGGACAGGAAGAUGAAACUCUUGAGAGUAAUGGGGUCACUUUACUUGCAGAGACUGAGAAAGUGCUUCAAUUGUCAAAAAGUUUGGAGAACAUUAGCAAUUUAAAUGUUAAUACUAAGCAAGGGUCAGAUGAUUCAGAAGAAAGAAAUGCGUAUUCAGAUGGGGAACUGUCUGAAUCACCUAGCAAAAAGAUUAGAAGAAAAUCACUUCCCUCUCUAAUGUCUGAGAUUGUCACAGUUUGAGAUAGAUACCUUUCAACUGCUGCCAGUUUCAAGAAGAAAAAACAUUUCUUUGGUAGGGAUCAUUUGUCAGGAGAUUAUUAAAGUAGUUAAAAAUGUAUUCAUUACUUUUUAUUCUACCCAAAGUUAUUUUAUCUUAUUUUAAAAAUACCCACUGAUUAAGUGGUUGUUGACUAUAUCAAACCAUCCCCAUAUUUAUAUUUCAGUUUUGUUUUUCUGUGAGGAUUGAUCCGUACAGACCAUAUCUGGGUUUUUGUGGGGCGAUAAAAUCUUUUUAGAAAUACUGUAUGUUAUCCAUUUUUGUGUACUUAUAGUGAUGCUAAGGUUGUACUUGUACUGGUACUGGAUCACUAAAGAUAAGGAACAUUAAUUUCCUUAAUUAUUUUUUUUUUGUCAGUAGAUAAUGCCUUGUCAAGCCACAUUCCUCUUCAUUACACUUAUGAAGGCUACGUUUUAUGAACUGAGACAUUGAAGGUUAUGUACAUAAUAAUCAAACAAUGAAUGAUAGUUCUGCCUGCGCUGUGAAUUAUUUAUAGAUGUUAUGUAUUUAUUGUAGAAUGUGGAUUAUGUUAACUAAUUUAACUGACAAUAGUGCUUCAUAAUCUUGAAAUGUGGUGGAUUUAGUCUUGUGAGGCAAGGUGCCGCUGUCCCCAUACUUUGAUUGGCUAGCCUAACUUGACAAGCCAUUCACCAAUCACAGUCGUCAAAACAUCUGAAGGGAGCUGCCUCAGUUAGAGCAAGGUGUCUUGCCUCCUCAUAUGACUAAAUAAAUCCAACAGUAAUUCAUUUGUCAUUCUUCUGAUAUGAUAACAUUUAAUCAAAUAUAUAAUGAAGGUAAUAAAAUACAUAUUUAGAAGAA